AUGUCCUCCAACCCCAACCCCGGAAACUUUGCCAACCGCCCGCACGAGGAGGUGGAAAACAUCGCCCGCAAGGGAGGCCAGUCCAGCCACCAAGGCGGGUUCGCCAGCAUGGACGAAGACAAGCAGAGAAACAUCGCGUCCAUGGGCGGCCAAGCAUCCGGUGGCAGCUUCGAACCGGGCGAGACUCGGGCGAGAGAGGCUGGCCAUAAGGGAGGCCAGGCCUCUGGUGGUAGCUUUGAGCCGGGCGAUCCCCGGGCCAAAGAAGCUGGACGAAAGGGAGGUUCGAGCAGACAUCAGCCUGACGAGUGA